AUGCUCCUUCCACUGAUAUUGGCCCACGUUGUGCCGUUCCUCGCAGCACACGUUUCUGCAGAAAACUACCACAAGAGGCAAGUCCUGCGAUGCAAAGCUAUUCCCGGCACCCAGGAAUGGCCCUCCAAGGAACAGUGGCAGGCAUUCAACACCUCGCUGGGAGGCCAACUUAUUCAACCAACUCCUCCGGGUGCGGUCUGUCAUCCAGACCAACCUUCUUAUAAUGCAGACCGUUGUGCUGCCGUCCAGGCCGGCGGCUGGCAAAGUUUUGCACUCCAUGUCAAUGACCCGGUUUCCAUGAUGGGCAACACUUGGACAAACGACUCCUGCCUGCCGGACCCAAACCUUCCAUGCAGCGGAAGCGGGUAUCCAGUCUAUGUUGUCAACGCAUCGAACGUUGAGCACGUCCAGCUUGGUGUUAAAUUUGCCAAAAAGCACAAUAUUCGACUUGUCGUCAAAGCCACAGGACAUGACUAUGUCGGUCGGUCUGUGGCGCCAAACUCACUGUCGAUAUGGACGCACCAUUUCACAGGAAUGCAGCACCACUCUAGAGGCAGUUUUAAACCAAAAUGUUGCAGCAAAGACGGUGCCAUACAAAGUAGCGGUGCGAUAACGGUCAAGGCUGGAGCUCAGAUGCAGCAGGUCCACGAAUUCGCCAACAAAUAUAGCGAGGCCAUCGUUGGUGGCAGCGGAAGCACAGUAGGUGUAGGCGGGUAUUUGACUGGUGGUGGGCACUCUCUCUUGAGUACCGAGUACGGACUGGCCGCAGAUCAGGUCCUCGAGUUGGAAAUCGUGACUCCGACAGGAGAAACAAAGGUACUCAACGAGUGCAACAAUAAAGAACUGUUUUGGGCGGUGCGAGGAAUUCGUAUGGCGAAGGGAGGGGGUUCGACCUUCGGUAUCAUCACCUCGGCCACUAUCAGAACAUAUCCGACACCUCAGAUCAGUUCUCUGACAGUUGCCUUACUCCAAAACCCAGCUCUCCCAGACAACCAAACGGCCAUCUGGGACGUGUUAGCAUAUGUUUUGAGUGAAAUGCCUCGCCUAAGCAAAGCUGGAGUUUCGGGGUACUUGUAUCCCGUGGUCAACAUCACAGUUCCCCAGUUUGGUAUCGACGGGCCCAUAACGGGAUUGUUCGGUGUUCUCACCAUCCCGGGCGGAAACAAUGGCAGUGCCGCUAUCCCUUGGCAACCCAUCGACGCCUACAUCCAAGCCAACUGGCCUGGCCUGUUUCUGAGCGCUAAUGAAAUGGCGCACUACAGUAGCUUCUGGGACUGGAUCCAGGCUCACUUUGACUCUAACCCGGUGGGAGAUAAUGGCCUUGCUGGCAGCUGGCUUCUUGACGAGAAAGCCCUAACUGGAGACCGAGAAAAGCUUAAAAAUGCCUUUCAGCGCUUUGCAGUCCGGGGAUGGGCGACGCUGCAUCUGAUAGCUGGCAAAGGGGUUAGGGAUGCAGAGUCGAGAGGCGGGGGAAACGCAGUGUUGCCAGCUUGGCGGAGGACGUAUCUCCAUGCCAGUUGUGGAAUCGGGUUCCCGCCGCUGAAUGCAGCUGCCAAAGCCGAGGGCGUUAAAGAAGUCGACCGAAGCGUGGCGGCCCUGAGGGAACUAGCACCGGACAUGGGGGCGUAUAUGAACGAGGCAAACGCGUAUGAACCAGACUUCCAGAGUGCUUUCUGGGGCUCAAACUACGCUCGACUACAGUCCAUCAAGAGAGCUGUCGAUCCAGAUGAUGUCUUUUGGUGUCAUCCAUGCGUGGGGAAUGAGCGCUGGAGGGAAGUGGAUGGCAAGCUCUGUCGCGUUUGAGCCUUUGGGUGCAGAGAUACUGCAUCCAGAUUGUUGUGCUGUUCUUGUGAGCUACCACAAGUUGUAGCGUCAAAAGAAGCGAGACAUAACUGGGUUAUUACACCGA